AGUUGUUACGAGUGUGACUAAUGACUGACGCAUCUGUCAAAAAGUACAGGAAGUUCGACAAAAAGGCAAACUUCUAUCCUUCUCUGGAUCACCUUUUGAACAAAGUCCACAUAGUCGGGUAAACUCGGUCAUGGACUCUAGCAGCCCCGCUGAGACUAAAGACGUUGCCACUGACGUCACAGUGGAGACCAAACAGGACAGUGCAGCUGCAGCACCUGUGCCCCACUUGGAUGAGAUCCGUCUGGUGGUGCUGGGCUGGAGGUGGCCCGGGAAGAGCCUGACAGGAAACACCAUCCUGGGCAGAGAGGACUUUCGAUUGGAGCGUGCUGCAGAGUUUUGUGUGAAGAGACAGACAGAGGUAAAGGGGCGACAGGUAACUGUAGUGGACACCCCGGGCUGGUUCUCUGCACAGGACACACCACCCUCCUAUAAACAGGAACUAGUAAAAGGGGCCACUCUCUGUCCCCCUGGUCCUCAUGCCUUCCUCCUGGUCAUUCCAGUGGGAAUGUUCACAGACGUGGACCGGUCCCGCAUUGAGGAACACGUCAGUCUUUUUGGUGAAAAUGUCUGGAAACACACAAUAGUGGUGUUCCCCUGGGUGGAACUUUUAAGGAAGAUUUCUGUAGAUCGCUACAUUCGAAGAGAGGGCGAGGAUCUUCUGUGGGUGCUGGAGAAGUGCAAGCGGAGGUACUUUGUCAUUAAUAACUGUGUAUUUGGAGAGCACCCUCAGGUGGGACGCUUAAUGGAGAGAGUGGAAAAGUUGGUGGCUGAAGAAGGGGGGCAUUUUGUCCCACAGGAAAAGGUAGAGGAAAAGAAACCACAAAAUGACAAUCAGAACCAGGAUAGAGAUGUCAGAGAGCUUGGGGCACGGCCCAAACAAAACUCUGGGCUGUCGCUGUCAAAAGCGAUGGAAGUGGAACCAGUUUCAAAUUAACCUGAUACCUGUGACAGUACAUGAGAAACUCUCCUCUCUGAUGGUAAAGAUGAUCUAUUUUUCAAAAUGGUUGUUACUGAAAUGCUAAGAAUGUAAAAAAAAAACUGUGUGACUAUUUAUUUUUAAUCAAACAUUUUAAUUUGGUAAUAUGUGUGUGUGCAUACAUGCAAACAGAAACAAUGGGAGUUAAUUAAGCAAUUAUCUAUAUCAGUUACUGACUUGUAUGAAUGAUAAUUAAAAAGCGCAAGCUGUUAUGUUGACAGACAUUACCAUUUUUAACAGUAGAACACUCCUAUGAAGUCUAUUGUUCAGGAAAGAUGCACUAGAACAUUGUUACUACAGUGCUGUAAACUGUAAAAUGUAUUUAGUAGUUUCAAUUUUAAUGACCAAACCUUUCUUUUUUAAAUGUAUAUUACCAUUAAAAUGGUAUAAUGUAUAGUGUGUAUGUUGUCAUUUUAGCUCCUGCCCUAGCUGUAGCUGCAUACUUUAAUGUAAUUAAUAAUUAAUAAUGUAAUUGUAUCAUAUAAAAACAACCUUUCAAAAGACAAAUCCAUCUUGUGACUGUAUUGUACUGCAAACUUGUUCAAAUUAGGAAAACCUUAAACUAUACACAGAUUAAAUAAAGUUACUUCUAUUUAGUUAAUGACACAACAAGCAAUAAUAUAGUAAUAUAUACAGUAGUCUUCUCUGUUAAUGGUAAUCACGGUGUACAAGACAUUUGUGUUUGUACUGUAUGCUCUAAAGAUAUAUAUACUACUGUCACACUGUCUCUUCUCUCAGCGAUACUCCUGUUAGUUACAGCUGUUAUGGACAGGGCCUUGUUCUUUGUUCCACGUAAGUGCUUUGUUUGUGAGGCUCAUGUCUCUGGCUGCUUUUCCCAUGUUAUUAUAAACCGUAAUACACAACAGUCAUUGUGUAUUUAAAUCAAGCAAUUUCAAUAAAUAAACAUUUAUAAUGUAAGACUUCUUAUAAAUAUUGUAUCACUUCAGGAAAUAACUCAGGGGAAACUUGAGGAAGGGAAAGGUCAUUCCUGGACAAAAGGCGUGGCGCGCACUGACGUUUUUAUUUCUUCCUGGAUUGUGCAAUUAUGUGUUUUCUCCUCCAGAUGGCAGUAAGAGGCCAUGUCCAAAACAGCGUUGGAAGUUCUCUUGACCUUGCGUUCCAUUAUAUUUAUUACCAUGAUAUAAAGGGGGUAAUUGCUACAUGCAAACAUAAUUAACACUCUUUUCAGCCCAUGGUAAACGUGUCUACGGGUGACAUAUUUAUUUGGCAGUACAACCCCACCCCACCCCACCCAAUCCCACCACACCCAGGCCAACAUUAUAAAUAUGAAUGGUCCUUAACAUGUUGCUAAAGGUUAAAAGCAUAAAAUAAAAUAAAAUAAAAAAUCAUCACCUACUUCUACCAAAAACAACACUUUGCUUUAAAGAACAUAUUUAUUAUUUCCAAAGUAAUCAAAACAAUUACACAAAUUACAGAUGUGUGAUAUUGUGAGAUUUGGACACCUGCUUUGUGCUCUGGAGAAAUGUCAUAUGAGUAAACCAGAACCUUUGUUUUUGAGUCAAUUCAAAUGCCAGCAUGUCCUUUGAGAGAAACAAAGAAAUAAACCGUAUUUGAUCUUUUAUGUUUAAGCUGAUACAAAACCUCUCUGUCACAUUACCUGGUGAACAAACACACUCUUGCAGUUACAGGUGACAAGUGCACAUCAAAAACAGAUGAUUCUUUUCUUUAGACUUGGAGAGAUGUUAUGGCAAUGAAAACAUGUCAUGAGUAAUUUUGCUGUAAAACAACCCAUAUGUACUAUAUGUUCUGAAUCUUUUUGUUGAUUUUGUUGUGAAUUACUUUGCGUGUUAAGGUUCUAGCUAAUCUGAACAUGAGCAAAUGUGUAUUUUAAUAGCAUUAUGAUAAUAUGAUGAAAAUGAAUUGUAUUAGAAAUGGUUAAUUGAUUGAAAUUGUCGUGGUCUGAGGAUCUGCAGUUGAGGUACAUCUUUCAUCUUGCUAACGUACUGAAUAUUCUUUGGUCUUGAGAUGAAGGAGAUAAGCAGCAGACUGUAUUCAUUAGUAAAUUAUAAAAUUAUUUUCUGAAAAGCGAAUGGGUAUCAUUGCACAUUUGAUUUCUCGUAAUGACUGCUGAAUAUUGACUGUAAAAAAUAAAAAUGUAUUUCUGAAGAGAUACUG